CGUAUUUCAAUAUCAUAUAAUAAUUUUUUCCAUGAAAUCAAUUAAAAUUAAGGCCGACCCAUUGAACACUCUUGGAAGAAGCACUUAUUAUGCUCCUUCACUGAUAAGUAACGUUAACAAGCCAAGCUCCCUUUUAUUUCUUUCUUCAAAAAGUCGUCUGCUGAGUCUGCUGCUUUAAAUUGUUCACAAACGCAUAAAAAAAAAAGCUACACAUAUUCCUUCCUUCAGCUCCUUGCAGCUCCCAUAAUUUUAUUUUAUUUACCUAUAAUUAGCACUUAAUUUGUUCUUUGCUGUAUCUUAACAUCUAUAUAUUUACUUGGGUUGGGUUGGGUUGGAGAAGAACAUAAGAUGUUAUGGGCAGCGUCAUGUCAAUUUUCAGGAAGAAGCAGAACAGCCGUGGAAUUCCAAGAACCAGCUCUGGUGGGACCAGCAGCAACCCUAGCAUAACUGCCAGAACGGCGUCGUAUGGGUCUAGCAUGUUCAGGAAACCCAGCAUGAGUGAAACCAGUAGCAGCAAACCAGACCAGGGUACAGAGAAGAAGCAGAAGUACGCUUAUAUCCCUGAUAACUUUUCAACCCUGGAACAGGUGACAGAUGCCUUGAGAAAAGAAGGUCUAGAGUCAUCUAAUCUGAUUGUUGGAAUUGAUUUUACAAAAAGCAAUGAAUGGACAGGCAAAGUUUCAUUCAACAACCGGAGCCUGCAUGCCAUUGGAAAUGAACCUAAUCCAUAUGAAAAGGCUAUCUCCGUAGUAGGAACAACUUUGGCUCCAUUUGAUGAAGACAACUUAAUUCCUUGUUUUGGCUUUGGUGAUGCUACCACUCAUGAUCAAGAGGUGUUUAGCUUUCACACUGAUCAUUCACCCUGUCAUGGUUUUGAAGAAGUUUUGGCCUGCUACAAAAGAAUAGUUCCAAGUUUGCGACUAUCAGGGCCAACUUCUUAUGGACCUGUAAUUGAGGCUGCAAUGGAUAUUGUGGAGAAAAGUGGUGGCCAAUACCAUGUAUUAGUUAUCAUUGCAGAUGGCCAGGUCACAAGAAGUGUCGAUACUAGCGACAAUGAAUUGAGUCCGCAGGAGGAGAAGACAAUCAGAUCAAUUGCAGAUGCAAGUUUCUAUCCACUCUCUAUUGUUCUUGUUGGAGUUGGUGAUGGUCCCUGGGAAGACAUGAGGAAAUUUGAUGACAAACUCCCUGCGCGCGAAUUUGAUAAUUUUCAGUUUGUAAACUUUACUGAAAUUAUGUCUAAACGUUCAACUCCUUCUGAGAAAGAAGCUGCUUUUGCUCUUGCUGCCCUCAUGGAAAUCCCAAUCCAGUAUAAGGCAGCUGUUGAACUUGGUAUACUUGGACGUACGACAGGGAAAGGAAAGAAAAUUGUUCCACGCCCUCCACCAGUUCCUUACACUCAUCGUGCACCGCCAACUCGUGAACCAAGUGGUCUUUCAGCAGCCGUGGGGGAUGACCGAAGCGAGAUGGCCUGCCCAGUCUGUCUGACUAACAAUAAGGACCUAGCCUUUGGCUGUGGACACAUGUCUUGCAGAGAUUGUGGACCAAGAUUGUCCAACUGUCCAAUAUGCCGCCAGCCAAUCCGCAGCCGUCUUAGGGUUUUUACCGGAUAACUGCACAAAGUGAUUCAUGUGUAUAUCUAGAAUGUCUGCUUUCUAUCAUUGGCACCCAAAUAUGGGUUUGCACCAGAUUGUACAGUUUUCUAACCCAAAUAUGUAAUGCUGCUUCUGUUUUUUAAUAAACUAUUAAAUAUUUGGUUGCUUUUCAAUCAUUAGAACUUGUGACUUGUGCUUUUCUG